AUGAUGCUAGACUGCAGCAGAGACACAGAUGCAGGUGCUGCUUGGGACGAGCGCAGCCCUGAUGCCCGGCUGCCCGCAGCUGCAGUCGCUGAGAGCAACGAGGAGCUCAUCUCAUUGCUUAGGCAACAAAGGGAGCUUCUGGAGCCACUCCCCAAGAUGCUGAAGGACCAGAAGUGGGAUAACGUCCGUUCCGUCCUCAAGACACCGCCUGUGGCCUACCUCUGGAACCUUGGCAUGGACAAGAACAAUUUGAAGAAGUUGGGUGACAGCUUGGGUGAGAUCCAAGUCCUUGAGCUGAUGGAUGAGAUCGCUUCGGAUCUUCAAACAGCUGAUGAGAUCUCUUAUGCAGUCCUGGCUGACUUGUCUGGCACUUCAUGCGGAGUCCAACAACUAUGUCUAUGGACAACCUGGCGAGGGCAAGGUGAAAAUUCAGGAGCCCAUCGAGUUCAUGAAGACGGCAAUGUCCAAACUCGAUGA